CGUUCAAACAUAUCUUAAAUGCGGUGCCCGAUCUACCAUUCCGGUAGUCAGUGAUUAAAUUAUUUACGUCGGGCUUCCUGCUCUCUCUCACUCUCGAGCUGUUUAGGAUGCACGUUAUUUCACGGUUGUUCAUUGUUACGAGUAAUUACGACAAUUUAUUUCAUUUGUGACACACAUUGUUCAUACGAACCGUGUUACAGCUGUUAAAAUAUAAAUGUGACGCUUGUGGUGGCCAGUAACGAAUUAUGAAUGUUAUUAUAAUAUUUUGCGUGCCGACAAUUUUUGAAUAAAACGUCGUUACUUUUAUUACAAAAAUUAAUUGAAUUUAUGAGAUAAUUUGGAUGACAACGAAUUACUGAGCCAUCGUAACAGAGACAGAUAUCAAAAGAAUUCUUCUAAAAUUAAAUUACUCAGCACCAUAGGACGUAUCAUUAAAUAUGUUUGGCAUACUACAAUGGUUCGACCAUGGUUAGGAUGUUUAUUUAGCGUUCUAAUAACAUUAGUAUUUUUCUACCUAUAUUUGUUUUUUAAUGUUCCUUCUAUGGAGAUGGGCACUCCAGAAAAGCCAGAAAAUAUUCCAUCAAUCGCGAUCGAUGUAUUAAAGAAUAAUUUACAAAAACUGUCCGUGAACAAGCAAUUAUCAAAUAAUCGGUCAGAGGUCAAGUGUGAGUACGUACAAAUUGCCAUGGUAUGUGCCGGAUAUAAUUCAACCUUUUCAUUGGUAACGGUAGUAAAGUCGAUUUUAUAUCAUCGUACGAAACCAUUGCACUUCCACUUGAUCGUAGAUGAAAUAGCAAAAAGAACUCUCAUUACAUUAUUUAAAACAUGGGACUUACCAAGUGUCCAAGUAUCAUAUUAUCGUGCCGAAAAAUGGGUGCCGAAGGUAUCAUGGAUACCGAACAGACAUUAUUCUGGAGUUUACGGCCUAUUAAAAUUAAUAUUACCUGAGGCUAUGGGUGAAAGUAAGAUUCUCGUUCUAGAUACUGACGUGACCAUUUUAAACGAUGUUACUAUCCUUUGGAAAAUGUUCGAGAAAUUUAAUCCUAAUCAAACGUUAGGCUUAGCAGAAAAUCAAAGUCGGUGGUAUCUAAAGUCCUUUUCAUAUGGUCAACAACCUUGGCCAGCGUUAGGUAAAGGCUUCAAUACCGGCGUCAUGCUGAUGCACUUACACCGAUUGCGCAUUAGUAAGUUUAGAGACUUGUGGGUGACCACCACGAAGAGGGUCUUGGGUUCUAUACAGGAGACCACUUUGGCUGAUCAAGAUAUAAUAAAUGCCGUUAUUAAAGAACAUCCGGAAAUUGUAGCUAGGAUAGAUUGUACCUGGAAUGUUCAACUAAGUGAUCAUGCUACUAGUGAAUCUUGCUAUCAAAGAGGAAAUCGUUUGAAUAUAAUUCAUUGGAAUUCACCUCGGAAACAGGAUGUAAAUAACAAGUACGCAGAUGAAUUCCUUAAAUGGCAUAGAAUGUUCUUAGAGAUGGAUGGGAAUCUUUUACGAAAACGUUUAUUCGGUUGUGAUAAUCGUAAAAAUGUUUUAAUAUAUGAUGAAUUAGAUUCUUGUCGAGAAUUUACCAAAGGUGCUAGGAUGAUGUACAGAACACAUUAUUUUAUUCUUGAAUAUGAAUAUAAUAUAUUUAUGCCUACUGAUGUUGUAUUAGCCACUCAAUGCAGUAUAGAACGAGUGCCUCUUUUAGAAGAACUUUCGAAACAUUGGCCGGGAACUAUAAGUGUAGCACUUUAUCUUACCGAUGCUGAAGUACAAAAUUUUUUGGGAUAUAUACGAGGAUCAUCGGAAUUACGAAAAAGGAAAAAUAUUGCUUAUCACGUUGUCUAUAAAGAAGGGGAACUUUAUCCAAUUAAUUAUUUAAGAAACAUAGCUAUGUCAUAUGUAUCAACGCCUUAUAUAUUCCAACUUGACGUUGAUUUUUUACCACAAUACGGCCUUUAUGAAAAUAUUAUGAAGCAUAUCAAGGAAUUGACCAUACAAAAGCGAAUACAUAAUUUAGCCUUAAUCGUACCGGCUUUCGAAACCGAACGAUAUAGGUUUAAAUUUCCUGCUGAUAAGGAAGAGCUUCUAAAAUUUCUUAGACGUGGUAUUCUUUAUACGUUUCGUUAUCACGUUUGGACUCAAGGACAUGCAGCAACGAAUUAUAGUUCAUGGAAAAAUGCAACUGAACCUUAUGAAGUUUCUUGGGAACCUGAUUUUGAGCCUUACAUUAUAGUCCCCAAAAUUGCACCGAAAUACGAUACGCGAUUUAUUGGAUUUGGAUGGAACAAAGUUUCUUACAUCACUCAUCUUACAGCACUCGAUUUUAAGUUUAUAGUUCUUCCGGACAGCUUCAUUAUUCAUCGACCACAUGCUCCAAGUCUAGACAUUGGAAAAUUUAGAACUGAUUCAAUUUAUAGAAGGUGUUUAAAAAAAUUAAAAGACAAUUUUGUUGACGAAUUAAUAAGGAAGUAUGGCACUAAUGCGCUCUCGAAACUCAAUCGAAUUAUAACCAAAGAUGAAAAAAUCGUGGGACCUGCUAAUAAAUCUCAUUGAAGCGUGUUA